GUGAGUCGAUGAUGCUCAUUAUACAGAGAUGAGGGAUUGGUACACCUCACUGGGCGGUAGAGGAUGCGCACACGCCCGACACAUACUGUGGCUGCUUCUAGUGGAAUGUACUACUCCAGGCUGGCGGUGAGCGCUUUUUCUCCCAACCACUGCACCAUUUCCUGGUUCAUGUGGCCCGGGUUUUGCUGCUGCAGAGUGCAGUGGGGAGGUGCUAUAGACUCGCUCAGCUCACACAGCCCCUGACUCGAUUAGAGUAACACAGUGCGGGGAUCUAAGCAGGAGGGACGUCGGGUUCGCCAGCUCCGCCGCGUGCGUGUGUGUGUAUGUGAAUGCGUGUGGACUGCACCAUCCUUCCCAGUACCCUCAUUCAGCCAUGCUUUGAAAGCAUACAUCUCACAAAAUAUAUAUUGAAAUUUUUAAUCACUUCAAGCAUUCUGAAGAGUGUGAAAGAAAACUGACUUCGGCUAUGGCUUUGGUUAUGGAACCUAUUAGCAAAUGGACACCCAAGCAAGUGUUAGACUGGAUGAAAGGGCUUGAUGACUGCCUGCAACAGUAUAUCAAGAAUUUUGAGCGGGAGAAGAUCAACGGAGAGCAACUCCUGCACAUUACUCACCAGGAACUGGAGGAACUAGGAGUGACUCGAAUUGGCCAUCAGGAGCUCAUACUGGAAGCUGUGGACUUACUCUGUGCACUGAAUUAUGGCCUUGAGACCGAAAACCUGAGAACUCUUUCCCACAAACUCAAUGCCUCAGCCAAGAACCUGCAGAAUUUCAUUACAGGAAGGAGGAGAAGUGGUCACUAUGACGGCAGGGCCUCCAGACGGCUACCUAAUGACUUCCUGACCUCAGUCGUUGACCUCAUUGGUGCUGCCAAGAACCUUCUAGCCUGGCUAGACCGGUCUCCAUUUGUCAGCGUCACUGAGUAUUCAUUGCUGAAGAACAAUAUCGUUCAACUGUGCCUGGAAUUAACAACCAUAGUGCAACAGGAUUGUACUGUGUAUGAAACAGAAAACAAGAUCCUGCAUGUGUGUAAAACGUUGUCUGGAAUCUGUGACCACAUCAUCUCCCUCUCCUCUGAUUCGCUCGUUUCACAGUCUGCUCAUCUGGAAGUUGUCCAUCUUUCCAACAUCAUGCCCAGUGAAGGCCUGGGAAUGUACAUCAAAUCCACUUAUGACGGCCUUCAUGUGAUCACAGGAACCACAGAAAACUCACCUGCUGACCAGUGCAAGAAGAUACAUGCUGGUGAUGAGGUAAUCCAAGUGAACCACCAAACUGUGGUGGGCUGGCAGCUGAAGAAUCUGGUGAAUGCACUGCGGGAAGACCCCAACGGCGUCAUCCUUACUCUGAAGAAGCGACCCCAGAACAUGCUGACUUCUGCCCCUGCCCUUCUCAAGAACGUGCGCUGGAAACCCCUUGCGCUACAGCCUCUCCCAACAAGUCCAACCAGCUGUUCAACCACACCAACCAGCACAAUGGGUGUCACUUCAAAAGUGGAUGGCUCCAACAUGCACGAUGUCUUCAUUCUCUCUCCUGUCUCUGGGUUAUAUGGACCAAGGGAAGAGAUGGGCAUGAUGUCAUGUGAUGACAUUACAAAGUACAAUAUGGGGAAAUCUGGAAUGAAGGGAUCUGAAUCACCUAGUUACUUCCUGGACCACGAAAGUGGGAAGUACUAUACUCUUGUGGAAGGGGAAGGCAUCCCUUUGGGACCAGAAUAUGAGCGAGGAAGGUCAACAGGUGUGCGCAGACGGGAGAAGACACCAACACAUGGUACGGCAGGUGACCUCAGGCCAGUAUCCAUGCCAACAGACUAUAGCUGGAUGGGAGAGACGAAGGAGCCCAAUAUGUAUAAAAGGGGAAGCAGAGACUCUGAGAACUCCCUUCUUCGGUAUCUGAGUGAUGACAAGAUUUUAGUUAUUCAAGAAGAACCUGAGACACAGAGGGAGAGCAAGAGGGACACUGGUCGGCGGUCUAGAAAGAAGGGUAAAAACCCGAGCAGUCCAAGUUAUCCCAUCAGCCCUUGUCUCUUGACAUCCACAGUGCGGCUGGAUUCAUCACCGCAGGAAGUGAUGUCCUUCCCGCUUCCUGAGAGUAACACGGUUCCUCUGUAUCAUAGGGCUGGGGACACCCUGCGCGGCGACUGUGAUCGAUAUGCUAGUUCUGGCAUAGACAGACAAGGAGUCACAUCCAUGAGGAAGUCAUUUCAUUACGCCUCACUAAGAACUAAAACCAAAAAGAGAACCAAAGGCUCUCUGACCAGCGGAAGCCGGCGGAGGAUCUCUUGCAAAGAUUUGGGCCAUGGUGACUGUGAAGGAUGGCUGUGGAAAAAGAAAGAUGCCAAGGGCUACUUUACUCAAAAGUGGAAGAAGUAUUGGUUUAUCUUGAAAGAUUCAUCCCUGUACUGGUACACAAAUCAAAAUGAUGAGAAAGCAGAAGGUUUUAUCAGCCUCCCAGAGUUCAGGAUAGACAGAGCCAUUGAAUGCCGAAGGAAAUUUGCCUUUAAAGCCUGCCACCCGAAAAUCAAAAGCUUCUUUUUUGCCACGGAUUGCUUAGAAGAAAUGAACAGGUGGAUGAAUCGGCUUGGCCUAGCAGCAAUUGGAUACACACCAGAUGACAAAGUUACCCGACCUGAUGAAGAUUAUUGGAGCGAAAGUGACCAGGAUGAAAUUGAUGGUUCCUUAACCCUGAAACAAGAGGUCCCUUCAUCAAUGUGUGAUACAUAUCAUCGAACCUCCUCGGUCAAUUCCUCUAGCCCAUUUCCAGAGUCAAAACAUGGUCGACAUUUUUCAAGUGAAUCAACCUACUCUCAUUCUUCAGCAGAAGACUCUCGACAGGAUGCCACUGGCAGUACUCACUCUUCAGGAUGUCGCCCUGCAUACCGUGAACGACGUUCCUGGCAAGAUCUCAUUGAGACACCCCUCACUAGUUCAGGACUGCAUUUCCUACAGACAGUACCUUCUGAUCCUGAGUAUGCAGGUGGAAGGCUGGGUAUGUCUCCAGAACGGCGGAGACAAGCUACUUUGCCAGUACAGCGGCGCCACCAUACAGAUCGAGAUGGACCUUUCCCAUUGGUGGAAUGUGAGCGAGGCCUUAACCCUCACAGGCGGGCACACAAACAGCGCAGUCAAAGUCUUCCCCGUAAUCGGGAUGUAAGAGGAAAGGGCAACCUGCACCCAGGAGGACUUUCUGAAGAAAAAUCAGAAGAUGAUGAAGUACAUUUUCGUAAACAUAAUGGUUCUUGCCAAGAAGGUUUCAGGGAGGAGGAAAAGGGCAGAGACAGCUGUGAUGGUCUGCAAGAGCUAUAUAAAACAUUAGAAAAAGCCAGCCUUUCUGCUUUUGGGGAGCAAAGGCCGUCAACUAAGCAGGAAUUUCGGCGUUCUUUUAUUAAGAGGUGCAACGAUCCAGUCAUCAAUGAGAAGCUCCACUUGAUAAGGGCUCUUCGUAGUACCCUGAAGGCAAAAGAAGGAGACUUAUGUAUCAUCAACCAAGUGCUAGAUGACCCUAACCUUAACUCAAAGAAGUUCAGGGAAUGGAAGCAGAGACACCACGAGCUGUUUAUGGACAUUUGUGAGUUCAGCUCAGGACCCAUUAAGCCUCAGAAUGGAGCAGCUGAACUGGCAAACCUAGUUCCUCUCAUGACUCACACCCAUUCUUUCAUAGAGACCCAUGUGUGAAACAAUGAGAUGACAGGACUGGGCUUCUAAAAUCACUGUGGUGGUGCCAGGCUCACGGCCAGUUCCUGGAGAACUCAGUCAAAUAGACAUUUUAUCUUUUUGUUUGCAGACCCAGCAGACCAAGAAACUAACCAACCACUGUAAUAUUUGUACAUAGUGUAUUUAAAAAGUUAUUCUGUAAAUAAGUUGGAUAUAAAAAGAGAAUAGUGCCACAGGAUGCCUAAUACAUGCAUGAAGAGAAAGUAUUAUUCUUUUGUUUUCUUCUUAAACAGCGAAAAAUGGAAAUAUUUUAGUUCUGCUGUUGUGGAGCACUGUGUGCAUUUAUUAUUUUUUUUUAUGGUUAUUUUUAUUUAUUAACACUUUAGUUUGCAUAGAAAAGAGGGAGCAAUGUAGCAGCAAUAGUGACAUGGAUACACUCUUUUCAGUACUCUGUACUGAAGCUUAUAGUCCAAAAGCUCUCACA